ACGCCAGUAUGGCAACGAAGCGGUCAAGUCACAUAUCCUCGCCGCGAGGACCGUCGCAAACAUCGUCAAGACAUCGCUAGGGCCCCGCGGCCUGGACAAGAUUCUCAUCUCCCCCGACGGCGACAUCACCGUGACCAAUGACGGAGCCACGAUCUUACAACAGAUGGAAAUUUCGAACCACGUAGCGAAGCUUCUCGUCGAGCUUUCGAAGUCGCAGGACGACGAAAUUGGUGAUGGGACAACCGGCGUUGUCGUUCUGGCCGGAGCUCUCCUAGAGCAGGCCGCCGAGUUGAUAGAUAAAGGGAUCCACCCGAUCCGGAUAGCAGACGGCUACGAUCAAGCCUGCGAUAUUGCGGUGGCCGAGUUGGACCGAAUAUCCGACAUCAUCGAGUUCAGCCGGGAUGAGACCGAGAACCUCGUCAAGGUGGCCCGAACGAGCUUAGGAAGCAAGAUCGUGUCCAAGGCGCAUGACCAGUUCGCCAAUAUCGCCGUCGAUGCCGUUCUCUCCGUCGCCGAUCUCGAGCGAAAAGACGUCGACUUCGAACUGAUCAAGGUGGAUGGCAAGGUCGGCGGCUCACUAGAAGACUCGAUUUUGGUCAAGGGCGUUAUCGUCGACAAGGACUUUUCGCACCCGCAAAUGCCGUCCGAGGUCAGGGACGCCAAGAUCGCAAUCCUAACCUGCGCCUUCGAGCCGCCGAAGCCGAAGACGAAGCACAAACUAGAGAUCACGUCGGUCGAGGAGUUCAAGAAGCUUCAGAACUACGAGCACGAGAAGUUCGUCGAGAUGAUCCAACAGAUCAAAGACACGGGCGCCAAUCUGGUCAUCUGCCAGUGGGGUUUCGAUGACGAGGCGAAUCAUCUAUUACUACAGAAUGAGCUGCCGGCAGUAAGGUGGGUUGGUGGGCCGGAAAUCGAGCUCAUCGCCAUCGCCACAAACGGCCGAAUAGUGCCCCGGUUCGAGGAUCUAAAGCCGGAGAAACUGGGAAAAGCGGGUCUGGUGCGGGAGAUGACUUUUGGCACCACCAGGGAAAAGAUGCUUGUUAUUGAGGAGUGCGCCAACACCCGAGCAGUGACAGUGUUUGUCAGGGGGAGCAAUAAGAUGAUCAUCGAUGAGGCUCGGCGAUCGCUACACGAUGCCCUCUGCGUUGUACGAAAUCUCGUGCGCGACAACCGCGUAGUCUACGGUGGCGGCGCGGCCGAGAUCGCCUGCUCCUUAGCGGUGGAGGAUGCGGCGGUCCAGACGCCCGGUCUGGAGCAGUACGCGAUGCGCGCCUUUGCCGAGGCCCUCGACUCGGUGCCGAUGGCGCUGGCCGAGAACAGCGGCUUGAACCCCAUCGCCACCCUGGCCGAGAUCAAGUCGCAGCAGGUCAAGGCCGGCCCCGAGGAUCGCGGCCGGCUCGGCGUCGACUGCAUGAGCCGGGGCAGCAACGACAUGAAGGAGGCGUUUGUGAUCGAUCCCCUGAUCGGCAAGCGGCAACAGCUCAUGCUGGCGACCCAGCUCUGCCGCAUGGUGCUGAAGGUGAACAACGUGAUCAUCAGCGGGUCUGGCGACCAGGACUACUAGGCCCUCUGCCGGCGCGACAAGCGUGUCGGUUCACGUACGGCCUCGGUAGAAGGAGAAAGGGCAGAGGCGGGACGAGAAGCAUAAGAAAAAAAAAUUUUUUUUUUUAAAAAAAAAAAGCCAAGUCAAUUUUUUAAGACAAAUUAAGGGGUCUAUAGAUACGCAAGAGCGCUGUCGUCCUGGAUGUAGAUACAAUUAUAGACUUGCGUAGUCGGCGGCUUAGUGCUUGUGGCCGAUGGUGGGGUCAAUGCCUAGAUGCCCACCUGCCCGCCCUACCUACCCAGACAGGACGUGGGAAGAUCAUCCUGCGCAGAUCUGGGCCGCAUCUGAUGUCUCUCGGCUCGCGUCUCUUCCGUGCGCUCGCUGGCGUAAACACACGUUGUCCAUACGAAUCUAUACGAACCUCCCGUCGUGAUCUCUGGUGCCCAGCCCGCGCUAGCGAGUUCCCGAUGCCUCCGGCCGUCCCCGUAGGUACCUAACCCAUACAUGCACGUACGCGCAUUUACGCACUUACGGGAGGCAGGAGGACCCGGAAC